AUGAGAGGUAAUCUAAACAAGAUUAAGUUCAUUAAUCAAAAGUUAUUGGGCAGGAAACGGUCCAUUGUAGAAAUCGGAACUAAUCAAGUUGAAAACGUCGUAGAUAUGGCUGAUGGAAGCUUGGUUGUGGAGCCUCAGUACAGUACAGAGACAAUAGAGCAACGAAGGGAAGUUAUUAAGGACUGUCAGAAGCUUUAUAAUCAAUUUGAAGAUGUUGAGGCGACUUUGAAUGUUAAAAUGCACAAGCUUUAUUGUGAUUAUAGUUUUACUAAUACGUUGCCUUCUAGGUUAACAGCGUUGGAUGCAUCCCAGCCUUGGCUGUUGUACUGGGUAGGGAACAGUCUGAAGGUGAUGGAUGAGACGUGGUUUACUGAAGAUUAUAAGAGGCGGAUUGGUGAGAAGAUUUUUGCUGUGAUGCCUGAUGGUGGCCCCUUCCCUGGCGGUUUGGGGCAGGAGCCACAUCUUAUGACAGGGUAUUCUACAAUUGGGGCGUUAUGCCUAUGUGAAAACUACAACGAUUUUUGGGGCAGGAUUAAUACCAAAGCAAUAUAUGACUGGUUAAUGACGUUAAAGACUCCUGACGGCGGUUUCAAAACCACGCAACCUGUUGGUGAGGUUGAGACAAGGAGUAUGUAUACGGCGCUUAGUGUAGCAUCGUUAUUAGGAAUUAUGACCGAUGAAUUGACAAACGAUUGUGUAGAAUUUCUUGUGAAGUGUCAAACUUAUGAGGGUGGCUUUGGUGGUUCUCCUCAGGAAGAUGAGGCUCAUGGGGGGUACACCUACUGUGCUGUCGCAAGCCUGGCGAUAUUGGGUGCGUUGGACAAAAUUAACAUCCCCAAGCUAAUGGAAUGGUGCAGCACACGCCAAUACAACGAAGAAAAAGGCUUCUCCGGUAGGUCCAACAAGUUGGUUGACGGUUGUUACUCGUUUUGGAUAGGCGGUAGUGCUGCAAUUUUAGAUGCUUAUGGCUAUGGAAACUGUUUCGAUAAGAAAGGCCUGGAGAAUUAUAUUUUAAAAUGCUGUCAGCAAGAAAACCGUCCAGGUUUGAAAGAUAAGCCGGGAGCAAACCCAGACUUUUACCACACCAAUUACUGCCUUCUAGGUUUAUCAGUGGCCCAGUAUGACUUUAAAUCUACUGGUGGUGAUCCCUCUGAAAUAGAGUGCACACCAAUUGGCAAACCGAUGGUCAAUGCCAUCAAUCCUAUAUACGGAAUCCCUGUAAAGGACGUUAGAAAAUUUAAAUCUUAUUUUAAAAAGUAA